AUGGAAUACUUUCGUUACUAUCGUAGUUGGAUGUACGAUAGAAUGUUACCAGGCAGACGUGGACUUACACCAAAUUUGGAGGAAGGAGUUAAGAGGUUUAUCACGUGGGCAUUUGUACAAGAAUGUUGUCGACGUGAAGGAGGAGUAAGAUGUCCUUGUCUUAAAUGUGAAUGUAGACCUAUAAUUAGUGACCCAGAGGAAGUAGAACGUCAUUUGAAGAGGAAGGGUUUCAUUAAAAAUUAUUGGGUUUGGACAUAUAAUGAAGAACAACUGCCGAGUAAUGUAUAUGCAGAGACAACUAAUACACACGCAUCAAACAGUCAAUCACAUAUGGAAUUAGAUGAACAAUUUAAUCUGAUCGAUGAUAUGGUUGGAAAUGCAUUUUGA